AUGGCGGCCUCGUUCAUAAACACUGGGCCCCAGAGGCGUCCUCUCCGAGACAUCCAACCCAAAAGGGACCUUACCCGCUUCGUCAAAUGGCCCCGCUACAUCCGGCUGCAGCGGCAGAGGGCGAUCCUGUACAAACGGCUCAAGGUGCCACCCGCCAUUAACCAGUUCACCCAGGCCUUGGACCGCCAGACAGCUACUCAGCUGCUGAAACUGGCCCACAAGUACCGACCAGAGACCAAGAAGGAGAAGAAAGAGAGGCUGAUGGCCCGGGCUGAGAAGAAGGCUGCUGGCAAGGGAGACAUCCCCACCAAGAGACCCCCCGUCCUCCGUGCAGGGGUGAACACAGUCACCACCCUGGUGGAGAACAAGAAGGCCCAGCUGGUGGUGAUCGCACACGACGUGGACCCCAUAGAGCUGGUGGUCUUCCUGCCUGCUUUGUGUCGGAAGAUGGGUGUUCCCUACUGCAUCAUCAAGGGCAAGGCCAGGCUGGGCCGCCUCGUCCACCGGAAGACCUGCACCACUGUUGCCUUCACGCAGGUGAACCCGGAAGAUAAAGGCGCUCUGGCCAAGUUGGUAGAAGCCAUCAGAACCAAUUACAACGACAGAUACGAUGAGAUCCGCCGCCACUGGGGAGGCAACGUCCUGGGGCCCAAGUCAGUGGCCCGCAUCGCCAAGCUGGAGAAGGCCAAGGCCAAGGAACUCGCCACCAAACUGGGCUGAUGUACACACUGACUCUUCUGUACAUAAGAAUAA